AAGGUUUUAAUGCGAAUGAGUUGUAGAAAAAUAUUUUGCAACGCAAUUUUGCAAAACUGAAUUUUAGUAAAUCAAGUUACUGCAGCAGCUUAAAUAAAGCGAAUGAAAGCACAUUUGGUGAUCUUUAAGACAAGCAAGCAACUCGAUUUCAUAGAAAAUGGAUUUGUCAAAUUUCACCUUCGCAAUGAUGUACAUCUUUAUACAACAAAGUUUAGUGAAUUGCGGCGCACUGACAAGGAGCGAUUUCGUCAAUAAGUUAAUGAGGGAACGGAGAUCAGUCUCCGAGCAAUCUGUUCGAGUGAACGAAGACCUUGAAGCUGUCGUGUACACUCUUAACCGACCCGUAGCUGGUACGAGGAACAUAGCCGGAUCACUGCAAGAACCUUUACCUCAAACUGGGAAGACUGGAUCAUCAGUUUUCCCCCAAGCGAUCCAAACCACUGGUGAAAUUAGCACUACCUCUUCUACCAAUGAAACAGAAUUCACAGAAGACCAAGAAACAAGUGAUUUAUUGGAUGUUGGUAUUGAAGAAGAGUUUCAACUUGAAGAAAAUCACCCUGGCGUCAUCAUUUCGUCAUCGGUAGAGGAGACAGCGGAAGGCGUGGACCCAAAUGAUGUCGAAGAGAUCGCUCGUAAGCGCCAUUAUGCGGCAAAAGACGGUUUUGCAAAAAUCAUCGACAUUAAUCAACGCGUCGGAGUUAGAGGGAUUAAGGAAGGAGACAUGCGCAUGAGCCUGCGUAUGAAUCGUAACUCGGCAGGUGGAACCGACAAAUGGCCGAAAACCAGAUCUGGUCCAAAUCGUGGCUUGGUUAGAAUUCCAUACAAGAUCUCGCGACAGUACAACCGCACGCAAUUAGCCGUCAUUCGAUCUGCAAUACCAACGUUUACAAGACACACAUGCCUUCGAUUUGUCCCAAGGCGCACUGAAGUCGCAUUUAUUUACAUUAGCAACGGGAAGGGAUGCUGGGCUGACGUUGGAAAAACGGGCCACCCCUCCCAAACCGUAUCUCUGGGAAUUCCAGGGUGUGUAAUUAAAGGUAUUGUUCUCCACGAGUUCAUGCAUGUUGCAGGCUUCCAACACGAACAUUCAAGAAGCGAUCGCAACCGAUACGUUAAAAUCUAUAGACAACACGUUCAACCAGACAUGGUCGCGAAUUUUGAUCGGUACAACGACAGUGUGAACUAUGUUGUGUAUGACUACAAUAGCGUUAUGCAUUACAGCAAGAACGCUUUCUCCAAAGAAAUCUAUUUGCCGACCGUUCAGGUUAUACCAAAGAGAAAACCGGAACCAAUUAUUGGACAGCGAGAACGUUUAAGUCCCUACGACAUCGAAGAAGUCAAAUAUCUUUACGAUUGUGGAGCAGGAACAUACCAACGAUGUGGAAGAGAUUUCUUCAACCUAGCAACUGGUUCGUUUAACAGUCCAAGUUACCCCAGCCCUUACCCAGCGGAAGCUCACUGUACAUGGAACAUUACUGUACAACCAGGACGUUUUGUAAACGUCACGUUCAAGGGAAUUGACAUCAGUGAUUCCCCGGUAUGCCAGAACGACGUUAUACUUAUCCACGAUGGGAAAAAUGCCGCUGCCCCCACUAUGAGGACAAUCUGUGGUACUCAAACUGGAGAUAUUUCUAUUGUGAGCACUGGCAGAAGCAUGUUCAUCAUAUUCUCGUCUGACCCGACGCGAGAUUCGAACCGGGGUUUCCGUGCAAUAUUCCGUGAAACGAUGCUCCUCGGAAGUACUGUUCAACUUGUUUCAGCUAUGCCAACCCUACCUCCAAUUAAUACCACCCUUGGUAGAUUCCAAUGCAAUUUUGACCAAAGCAUUUGCGAAAUGACACAAGACUCGCUCGACAUACUUGACUGGACACGAAGCAGAGGUCCGACGCCAAGUCGUUACACUGGACCAUUUUUCGAUCAUACAAAUGGACAAGGUUAUUAUAUUUACGUGGAGUCGUCGCUACCCGCAGAGGCAGGAGAUAAUGCAAUUAUUCGGACGCCUUGGCUCAACGGAGUCAACUUUUGCGUUACCUUCAGCUAUCAUAUGUACGGUGCUUACAUGGGCAGUUUGCGUUUGCUUGCCCUGGAAAAGAGAACAACAGAUGGCUAUGGGCAUGAAGUGCUCUUGUGGGAAAAACACGGAAACCAAGGUCGCAACUGGCAAACACAAGAGAUAAAUUACAACGCCGAAAGCAAUGUUGAGUCCGUUCACUUCUACUGGGAGGUGUUUGUCUUCUACUACCAAUCUGACAUCGCAAUCGACGAUAUUGAUAUUUCACCUGGAACAUGUAGAUCAACACCGGUUGCUACGACCACUUCCCCUAGGUUGGUUGUAUGGACGACCAACCGAAGACCAACAACACCAACAACCACUGCAUCAACAACCAGAGCAACCACAACUGUCAGAUCUACCGUCCCUACCACAACGACCAGAAGAACCAUACCUACGACUCUACCACCAGUGGCUUAUGCAAGUAUUAACUGCACGUUUGACAAUGACUUAUGUGGGUGGACGCAAUCAAGAAGCGAUACUUUCGACUGGACGCAGAGACAGGGACCGACGCCAAGUCAUUCAACCGGGCCUACCAGCGACCACACAACUCAGAAUGGUAUGUACUUGCACAUUGAAGCUUCAAACCCACGACGACUUGGCGACAGAGCUCAACUCGUAUCCCCGUUACUUACGCCACAAACCCAUUGCAUGCAUAUGUUCUACCAUAUGCACGGAAGACAGAUCGGGAACCUCACCGUUGCGCAAAUGGUUGGUGGGGUCAGAACCAAUCUGAUUGAACUAAAAGGAGAGAAGGGAGAUCUCUGGAAUUCACUUUCUGUUGAAAUCAACUCCGGCUACCGUAGAAAAUCAAACAUAAUUCGUCACGCCCGUACUGAGCGGCAACUGAUACGCAGCGAAGAGAACAGGAGGGAAAACCCGGCACAGGAUCCAGACCUAGAUGUGACCUCGACAAACACGCGGCACGACUCUAUGGUGGUUGGGACCCGACUGGCAGGCCUACAGCAAGUGCAUCAAGACGUAAGGGUGAUUAUUGAAGGGACAACGGGCAUAGGAUACGCUGGUGAUAUUGCGAUUGAUGACGUAGCGAUUUCUGACGGACCAUGCGAUACUACACCAAGCGUGGCGACGGUCGUUCUCGUAAAUGAUUUCAAUUGUAAUUUCGACGUCAAUAUUUGUGGCAUGAUCCAGAACGGUGAUAACUUGGACAACUUUGAUUGGACGCGUAACAGUGGUCCAACGGGUAGCGCAGUAACCGGUCCAUCUACCGACCACACGACGGGCAACGAGCAGGGUUAUUACAUGUACAUUGAGUCGUCAUCACCUCGAUCAGUUAACCAGAUUGCUGAGUUGACCACCCCUAAAAUGACACCACAACAAUACUGUGUGCGAUUUUUCUCUCACAUGUGGGGAUCCACGAUUGGAACAAUGAGGGUAUUUUCCGUUGAAGAGCUUUCUGGUGCAAGUUCUACUUUACUUCGUUUAAGGCAACUUAAUGUUGUUGGCAACCAAGGAGACUCUUGGAUUGCACGCGAGUUUGACUUCGUGCACAACACCAACGCACUCAAUGUUAAGUUUGUCUUUCAAGGUAAAGUUGGACCAAGUUUCACAAGCGACAUAGCGAUGGAUGAUUUGACUAUUACACCCGGAACCUGUCAAGCUAGCUCUUCCACAUCAGUCCCAACCACCACAACAACCAGAAGAACAACAACAACCACAGCAGCCGUUUUAGUGGGAAGCUCAACGACUACUGUGGGGGUUUCAGCACAACCCACUAAUAUGAUAACAAAUACCACAACACCAUCCACUACGACCACUGUUGCUCCAACAAAUAUUCUUGGUACAGACUUUGCGUGUGAUUUUGAUGCCUCAUUGGAUUGUGGGAUCACUCAAUCCACAACUGACGACUUUAACUGGAAUCGUCAUCGUGGUAAAACUACUAGCGGAGGAACUGGACCUUUAGCAGAUCAUACUUCUGGUACAACAUCAGGAUAUUACAUGUACGCCGAAGGAAGCAGGCCAAGGCAACGGAACCACGAAGCAAUCAUAUCAACUCCGUCUCUUGGCGUCUCCAAUACAAAGCGAUGUGUGACUUUCUGGUACCACAUGUGGGGUAGUGGGAUGGGUACACUCGACGUUACAGCGGAGUUCACAACACCGUCCAGGCCAAAUGUAAGAACGAAUGGAGGAGUUCUACGUACGCACACAAGUUCUGUGUUCCGAAGACAAGGACAUCAAGAUCGUAAUUGGUUAUCUGCUCGUAUUACAUUGGAUCAACACCAGUCUUACAUGGGCGGAUCAGUGGUGUUGCAUUUCCGUGCAAUCCGUGGGGACACUUUCCAAACUGACUUGGCCAUCGACGACAUUUGUACAUCUGAAGGACCAUGCGACUCCAACAAUCGUUGCAACGCAGCUGGGAGGUUAAUCGCUACCACAACACCGGCGGUUGCAGCCACAACAACAACCACGACGUCUGCGACUACCACCAUGGGUUCAACAACAACAGUAUCGACUAUAUCCUUGGCUACAACGACUCUAGAUCCUUUACUUCGUCUAUGCGUCGGCAUGCCACUGUGCACUUUUGAAAGUCGUCAACCAAACAACCAACGACCGCGUACAGCCUCUGUAGCGCCACCACCUGGACGAGGAGCAUCACUUGAUCUUGGACCUCACGAUCCACAUGCACCAUAUGCUAAUGACCUGAUGUGCGGUUGGAAACAACUUGUACAACGAGAUCAAUUUAACUGGACAAGACACAGCGGUGCCACUGUCAGUAGAGGCACUGGUCCACCAGGAGAUCAUACGACUACACGAGGUUAUUACAUGUACAUCGAGACUUCUAGUCCAAGAAAAUUAAACGACAAAGCCUUCUUGCAAACAUAUCUUAUGUUUCCUACUGACUAUUGUCUGGACAUCUAUUACAACAUGUAUGGGGUUUUUGCUGGAAGGUUAUCUGUACGUUCUGUUCAAAGGCUUACAAAUGGUAGAACCACAAUGGCAUACUUAAAGAAUGUAGCAGGUAACCAGGGUACAAGGUGGAAGAACAUGAAAGUACAAUUCAGGCCUUCACGUAACGCAAGGGAGGUUGGUUUCAGAAUAGAAGGUGUGGUUGGCAAUGAUUUUAGAAGCGAUAUUGCAAUUGAUGAUAUAGCGAUACACCCAGGACGAUGCAAUGCAUGUGCCCGACCAAGUCACUCGUUUACCAACAACUUAAACCAGCAACAAUCUUUUUCCACCGGCUGUGCACAUGUCAGGUUGUUUUACGUGCGCUGCUGCAGUCUCACCCAAGAAAAGGUGGUGUAUAGACGAGUUAAUAACUGCGACCAAGAUAUGUUCAGCCCUGCGCGGUUAAACUGGUUUUGCAACAACUAGUAAGAUGGGAUACUAGAUUUGUUGAAACUACCCUGCGUUCUAAUUAAUUAACUCAAACAUAAAAGCAAAAGAUUUUUUACCUGCUUGUCGCAAUAUAUUUCUCGCCUAACUUGUUCGUUCUAAAAUCAUGUUAUAUGAGUUCAAUUAUAUUUCUUUUGUUGCGAUACACCAGCACUAUUAGCAGGUAGCUUACACAUUCGCACUAAAACUUAAGUUUUUUCUACUGUGACUAUUUAUUUAUUGCUAUAGUAGGAAUUCCUAAAUUAGACUGCACAAAUAUGUUUUACAAUUAAGCAAAUUCGUCAGCAUUUGUUUUACUUUAAGCAUGAUACUUUUUCUUUGUUUUUCUGUUAGCAUUACUGUGCAUAACUGCAAAUGUGCAUCUGCUCUUACUGUAUAUCUUGCAUGUGAAAGACACUAACCAUUAUAAUGUUCUGCCUUGUUCCAGUCUGUUGUGUUUCAGUGUUUUUUUGUUCCAAUUUGAUGUUGUUUCAGAAUGUGGCUAAGGUUCAAGUCUUGUACUAAGAACCAUUGUCUUAAAUUCAAGUUUUUAUGAUUGCAUUACCUGAAAAAUAAAAUAUUGUGUUUAG